CGGUUCAAAGGUUACACUUGCUUUUCCUUGGUCAUGUAAGAACGUGGAUUUAACUCGAGUUUAAACAGUGGAUACCUAGAACCCAGCCGUGAUGUCCGCAUACACCUGUAUCAGCUGCCGUGUGCAGUUUGCCGACGCUGACGUCCAGCGUGCGCACUACAAGACCGACUGGCACCGCUACAACCUGAAGCGCAAGGUAGCCAGCAUGCCCCCGGUCACCGCUGAGAACUUCCAGGAGCGUGUGCUGGCCCAGCGAGCAGCUGCCGAACAGCAGCUGGCGGAUGCGCACAGCCUCACCACCUGCGACACCUGCAACAAGAAGUUUUCGAGUGCCAACGCCUACAACAACCAUCUGCAGUCGCACAAGCACCAGCAAGCUGAGAAGAAAGCCAUGGCUGCCGCCCAGGAGGCGGUGCAGCGCAUGAACGAGAAGAACCUGGAGAAAGGAGCUGAGCUGGAUAAGGACGCUCAGAACGAGGCGAUUCAGAAAGCGAUGAGGGAGGGGCUGAGGCAGAAACAGAGACACGCCCAUUCAGAAGCCACGCCCACAGACAGGCAGGUUAGGAAGAAGCCGGAUAAAGCGCCAAGGCUGGAGUGGUUUGAGCGGCAAGCAAGGAAGAUCGAGACUGAAGAGGAGGAGGAAGAAGAAGAAGCAGAUGAAGAAGAAUGGGAAGACGUUGAUAUUGAUGAUGAUGAUGAUGAUGAUAUGGAGGCUGAUGAAGAGGAGCAGAUGGAGGAGGGCAGUGUGGCCACGCCCACUCCUGCUGCAGGCUCCAUCCCUGUGACCAACUGUCUGUUCUGUUCGCACCACUCACACACUCUGAGCAAAAACGUGGCCCACAUGACCAAAGAGCACAGCUUCUUCAUCCCCGACAUCGAGUACUUGGUGGAUCUAAGAGGACUCCUUGCGUACCUGGGAGAGAAGGUUGGGUUCGGCAAAGUGUGCUUAUGGUGUAACGAAAAAGGGAAGUCGUUCUACUCUACUGAAGCGGUGCAGGCGCACAUGAACGACAAGAGCCACUGCAAACUCUACACCGACGGAGACGCAGCGCUCGAGUUUGCCGACUUCUACGACUUCAGGAGUAGCUACCCAGACGCUCACGAUGGAACUGAUGUAGAAAUGAAGGACGGAGAGCUUCCCGAUGAGAGGACGGUGGAUUUUGACGACGAUACUUUCGAGCUCACGCUGCCGUCCGGGGCGAAGAUUGGUCACCGCUCGCUGAUGCGUUACUAUAGGCAACGUUUCGGGACACAGAGGGAGCUGGUACCCGUACACAACCAGCGUGCGGUGGGGCGAGUGCUGAAGCAGUACCGGGCUCUGGGCUGGGGUGGAGAAUCUGGUAAAGGCUCGGUAGUCCAGCAGCAGAAGGACAUGCAGUAUGUCCAGAGGAUGAAGGCAAAGUGGAUGUUGACAACAGGAAUGAGCAACAACCUGACCAAGCAGCCCCACUUCAGGGCCCAGGUCAUAUUCUAAACCCUGUUUCGAAUGAUUCCUUGAUGAGUUUCGGAUCCUCGGUGACACUGUGGUCCUGCAGAAGUUUGGUUCCGUUUAAUGACCACCUGGACUUUCUGAACAAAUUAAAUGCAUUGAUGACAUGAACAGGAUGUCCAUAAGUGCUUAAAAACACUUACUUAGUUUAACUCACCAGUUAUAAAUAUAUCGGCUCACUAAAACCCAGAUGGCUGGGAAGUUUUUAUGAUUUAAAAAUCAGCUAAGUUGUUGUUGUACUAUAGAAUACGUUAAUAUCACAACUCUGGAGAGAACUGUAAAUCUUUUCUGCACACCAAGUUAUAAAAUAAAAUAUUUUUGUUGGAUGACUUCAAAA